UUAUAUGAGAAAAAAAGGAAAUUGAGAAAAAAAUCCCAAAAUUUAGAAAUUAAUACAAAAAAUGACUAAAAAAUAUUCAUUAAAAAAACCUUUAAUACUUUUGCAACAAACCGAUAAAAAACUCUCCAAUCUCCACAAUUUUUGUCUCCAAAUCUGUGACGUGUUGUUCGUGUCAAGAAUAAGAUUUUGUGCAGUAGUUUAGUGUGCAAAAAGAAUGGCAAAUUUGAAGCAAGAUUUGGAUGAAUAUCUGCUGCUGCAGAGUGACCAGAAGAAGACAUUUAAGGUUGAUGUGAAGCUGCCACAAAUAAAGGUUCCGGAUGUGGGAAAGUUGUUUCGGAAGAGUGAACAGGAGCCAGCAAAUAGCUGGCUCCGGGAAACACAGGACACUUGUUGCCCCAAACUCUCCCGGAUGCAGCGUAUUGUGGCCUUUGUGACGUGCCUGGCACUUGGGCUCUUCUGCUUUACCCUGUCAACAUUCUACAUUCCCAUUCUUGUGCUGAAAUCCCGAAAAUUUGCCCUUCUGUACACACUGGGGAGUUUAUUCUUCAUCCUCAGCUUUGGCUUCCUGUCGGGCUUCACGACGAUGGUGCGGCAGAUGUUCACACGGGAGAGGAUUGUGCUGUCGCUCAGCUACACAGGAUGCCUAAUGGCUACGCUGUAUUUUGCCAUGUGGGCACAGAGUACUGCUCUCACUGUACUCUUUGCCGUUCUGCAGAUUAUCUGCCUCCUUUGCAUGGUCAUCUCAUCGAUCCCUGGGGGUGUGAGUGGGAUGAAAUUCUUCGGGCAGAUGUUUAAGACUUCCGUAAGCAAUACGCUGCCCGUUUAACGCCCCCUAGUUGGCAUACAACACUGAUAUAUAGUCAAUAAGUUUGCGCAAAAGAAACCCAGAGAUAUCGACGGAAAGCUGUGUUAAGAAAAAAAUAAGAAUUCUUUUUGUAUUUAAUGGAUAAAAUAAGACCAAAAAAGACACACCGCAUGAGCUGUAUGAGAUUGCAUCCAGCCCCAUUGAGUGCAAUUGCAGCAAAAAAGGAGGAGACAAAAAUGAAUUACGACGCUAUACGUGGUAAUUGGACGAUGUGACUUGCCUUGGCAAUCCGCGAAGGUCGAAUGUCGCCAAUUUGUCCACCCCGAAACACCUGGAUGCGCACCAAAGAAGCUCCUCCAGUUGAUGCGAGACUCUCCGUGUGUCCACAUCGCAACAAUGGGCAUCUUCUGCUUCAUCUUCAUCACCCUCGCCGUGGUCACAGGUGCUCAAUUUAGGCUUCUGGACGUACCAGAGGCAUCGGGAUUGGUUAAAGAGGAUGCCACCGGAAGUCGUUUGCUUGAAAUUCGUGUUGUCAAUGCACCACCAUCCCCAACGCCGCGAACAAGGAAAAUCCACUCACAUCUCCGUGAAGAAAUACCCUCCAAUGCAAUUGAAGAGAAAAAUCCCCCCGGGAUUGUGAGAAUCUUCCUGGAACCAACAGCCACGAAGAAAUCCGGCAAUCGUGAGCGGUAUCGCGGGUACAAGACAAAGUGCAAAUGCGAGAGGAUUUGGAAGUGCAGGAAGAUGCAACAAUCCAUCGGUAGAUGCCCAUCAGAUCAUUUUAUGUGCUGCUCUUGAUCUCCUCCAGCCGUGGCAGCUCAUACUCUACGUCAAUUGUGGAAGCUUCUCUUGCCCAGCUUUCUCUGGACAAUCAGCAAGAUUCCCGGAUUGCAGCUCAAAAGCUCAUAUCAAGGUGUUCAGAUCACAAAGUAUUUCGAUAUAAAGAAAACAUAUAAUAAAUUUUUUAUAAACUCCUUAGAGAAAAA